UAUAUUGCUUCUGACCGCUGGUUGUUUUGCGACUGUUUGUGUUGACAGAGUCAUAGUUUGUGAUUUCUGUAUGUUUGGCACCUUUUUUAAAUGGCUAAAUAAUAUUUUUUGUAUCGUCUCAAAUGCAUACUUAUUUUUGCUAAUUUGUCCAUUGCCUCAAAGAACUACCUAUCUACUUAAAACCUAAAGCUAAUUAAAAAAGACGUCUGGAGAUUUCCAUUACUCGUUGGAUGCUGCAGGAAGUGGGUCCGUAUGUAGUAUUAAUACACUGACAUCUUACUAUAGUAAUGAAUUACCCAGUCAAUGCCCUGUCAGUGUAGCUGUUUAUUGUUUUCCACCGGGUUUUUGAGAAGACGUUAAAACGUGCUCCGGGAAUGGGACAUGGCUGAGUCCGAGACUCAGCUGAUGUUGAGUGUCGGGUUGAUUGAGAAGGAUGUCAAUGCGGACACGCUGUGGGUGUGGUGUUACCCUUCAGUAAGCGCUGAACUGCGUGAUGUGCUCUUGAGAAAAUGUUGUCUGACACUGGACAGUCUAGUGCUGCACACAUUUGUUUUUGGACAGUACUAUCGGACUUGGUACUACAUCAGCACCGUGGAUGUCCAGGAGCCCACGGUCCUCAAGAAGGUUACACAUUUUUCUGUAGUUAUUACAGCCAAGGAUUUCAACCCUGAGAAGUAUGCUGCUUUCAGUCGUGUUCUGUGCAGGAUGUACGUCAAGCAUGGUAAUCCAGUAAAAAUAAUGGAGGGCUACAUUGCUGUCCUAACCAAGGGUAUCUGCCAAAGCGAUGAGAAUGGUUCCUUCCUCAUCAGGGAUUAUGAUGUCAGAAAAGCCUACUUGGCCGGAUCCAUAAAAGAUGUAGUUUCUCAGUUUGGGAUGGAAACCAUCAUCCUGUACACAGCGCUCAUGUUGAAGAAAAGGAUUGUGAUCUACCACCCUCGUGUUGAGGCUCUGUUGGAGUUCACAAGAGCACUUCCUGCCUUGGCAUGGCACCGAAAAGACUGGUCCAUUCUGCACCCGUACGUUCACCUGGAGGACAGGGAGCUGGAGAGCCUAAGAUCAUGUACAGGAUAUGUUGCAGGCUUCGUGGAUCCUGAGGUUACCAACAGAUCAGAUCUCUUCGAUGUUUUUGUGAAUCUUCCAGACAGUGAAAUUACCAUUUCUCAACAUGCCAAAGAGGCAAUGGCGAUGGGAAAACUACAUAAGGAGAUUGGUCACUUUAUCGUCCAGUCCGCAGAGGACACAGAUCGUGCAGAUGUCCAAGUUAUCAAGGAUAUCUCCGUGAAGACCAAGGAGAUCCUCAAUAAUUUGGUAUCUCUUGCUGAGGAAGGGCAAGACGCAAAGUUGACUCUGGAGAUGCUAAAGCAGCGACACUUCCCCCCAGCAACUGAGAAUUUCCUCUUUCGCUUAGCUGCUGCCGAGCAGCUCCUGAAGAUUUAACCGCUCAUUGCGCUCCGGGAACCGCUGAGAUUACUGCUAAUACUGAAAAUGAUUGUGACCAUAUGUAAUGUGUAAUUGCAAAAUUGAAUUUACAAAGUGUGUUAUAAAGAUUGUUAUUUUCAAGGAUACAGCAUGUGCCUCAGACCUGUUCAGACAGGAAUAUGACACGGCCUUUUUAGCUGUGGCCAAGACCCUGUCUGCCAUCAUCUAUGUCUCUCUUCCUUCGGGAAGGUGCUUCUUUUUGUCGCUCUGACCUGAUGAGUGCAAAUGGUGUGGAUGGAUUUGUUUAAUGUCGAAGAUGGCAUGUUGAGAUUAGGGUGUGAAAGGAAGGUGAUUCAUUAGAUGCCUUUAAAAAUUAAGUUGGCUUUGUUUGCUUAAAUGUUUCAAUUAACUGCACAAAUCCUCAAAUUUUAUCAUUUAAUAAAAAGUAUUAUUAACAUGAACAGAGAAAUUACUAUAUUGAUUGUAUGAAAUAUAAAUUGGUUCUGAUUUUGAUUCUCA